AUGGCGGACGGUGACGGCUUGGGUGAAGCAGCGAGUGCUGCGGCAUCUCCUCCUGCACCUGCUCCCGGCCUGAGCCCGUCGCUGGGCUGGAGGGAGCGGCUGCGGGCCGGGCUGGCGGGGACUGGGGCCUCGCUGUGGUUCGUGGCGGGGCUGGGACUGCUUUACGCUCUGAGGGUCCCGCUGAGGCUGUGUGAGAAUUUGGCUGCGGUGACAGUAUUUUUAAAUUCAUUGACACCCAAAUUCUACGUGGCACUUACAGGAACAUCUUCUUUGAUAUCAGGACUAAUAUUUAUAUUUGAAUGGUGGUACUUCCAUAAGCACGGCACAUCUUUUAUUGAACAAGUAUCUGUGAGCCAUUUGCGACCACUGAUGGGAGGAACAGAAAGCAGCAUUUCAGAGCCAGGUUCUCCUUCUAGCAACAGAGAAAGUGAAACCAGCAGACAGAAUUUGUCAGAAUGCAAGGUAUGGAGAAACCCUCUAAAUCUUUUCCGAGGAGCAGAAUAUAGGAGAUACACUUGGGUGACUGGUAAAGAGCCACUUACAUACUAUGACAUGAAUUUGUCAGCUCAGGACCAUCAGACGUUUUUCACCUGUGACACAGACUUUUUACGUCCUUCAGACACAGUUAUGCAGAAGGCAUGGAGGGAAAGAAAUCCUCCAGCUCGAAUCAAAGCAGCCUAUCAAGCUUUAGAAUUAAACAAUGACUGUGCCACUGCAUACGUUCUACUGGCUGAGGAAGAAGCAACAACUAUUGUAGAUGCUGAAAGAUUAUUUAAACAGGCACUCAAGGCAGGAGAAACAAUUUACAGGCGGUCACAGCAGUGCCAGCACCAAAGUCCUCAGCAUGAAGCUCAACUGAGAAGAGAUACCAAUGUACUGGUAUAUAUUAAAAGAAGAUUAGCAAUGUGUGCAAGAAAAUUAGGAAGAAUAAGAGAAGCAGUAAAAAUAAUGAGAGAUUUGAUGAAAGAAUUCCCUCCUCUUACCAUGUUGAACAUCCAUGAGAAUCUCCUAGAAUCACUUUUAGAAUUACAGGCCUAUGCAGAUGUUCAGGCAGUCCUAGCAAAAUAUGAUGAUAUAAGCCUUCCAAAGUCAGCAGCAAUCUGUUAUACAGCAGCACUAUUGAAGACAAGGACUGUUUCAGAUAAAUUCUCUCCCGAAACCGCUUCCAGAAGAGGGCUAAGCACAGCAGAAAUCAAUGCUGUGGAAGCAAUUCAUAGAGCUGUGGAAUUUAAUCCUCAUGUUCCAAAAUACUUACUAGAGAUGAAAAGUCUAAUUUUACCUCCAGAGCACAUUCUGAAACGGGGUGAUAGUGAAGCAAUCGCCUAUGCUUUCUUCCAUCUUCAGCACUGGAAGAGAAUAGAAGGUGCUCUUAAUCUGUUACAGUGUACGUGGGAAGGCACUUUUAGAAUGAUUCCAUAUCCAUUAGAGAAGGGCCAUCUAUUUUAUCCUUAUCCCAGCUGCACAGAGACUGCUGAUAGAGAGCUAUUACCUACCUUUCAUCAUGUUUCUGUUUACCCAAAGAAGGAGCUUCCUUUUUUCAUCCAUUUCACAGCAGGACUGUGUUCUUCUACAGCAAUGAUAGCUCUUCUCACACACCAGUUUCCUGAAAUCAUGGGUGUUUUUGCUAAAGCUUCGGAGGAAUUUAGACGCCUGGAUAGUGCUGCCUCUUCCAGGCAGAAAAGGGGCAGCAUUACAGAAUGGCAUGAGCGUAGGCUCUGGAGCCAGACUGCUUUCCUUUGAGUUCCAGCCCUGACACUUACUGGCUGUGCAACUUCAGCCAGCUUCAAGAAAAGAAAUUACUUGGGCUUCAGAUGCUGCUCAACAAAAUUAAGAGAACUGAUAUUCAGAGAAUUCAGACCACAUAAUCACCCUCUCAUCUCAUCCUAUAAUUUCAAGCAUUCUGAAAAUGAAACAUGUAUGUAUUCUUCAAAGUGUUGGAAAGGGCUCUAUUCUUAUUGAGCACUUGUAAAUUACGAGGAGGAUAUAUAUAUAGAGAGAGAGAGAGAGAGAGAAGCAGUUUGGGGAAGAAUUCAGAAGGGAGCAUAUUCUCACAGCCUUUGUUAGGAACGUGCCCGCUCUUAUUUUCGUCUAUUCAAGAAGCCGGAGUCCCACUUUCUUUGUGAAGCCAGAGUUCAAGCUUUGACUCCCAGGUAGCAGCAGCUUUACGAUUAAACUUUAAUCCCUUAGUGUUUGUUAGACUCCUAUCUAGAAUAUAGCUGCAACUAUUCUUGGCGGGCAAAUACAUUGCUGUGUUUCCUGCAGUCACAGUGAGAUAGAAGAAUGUUCUCUGGCUGGGGUGUGGAUGAAGGCACUUUACUAAUCUUAUGCAUAAUUCAUCCUUGGUUGCUGGGGUACUCAGAGUUGAAACUUUGCCCUCUGAUAAAAUUCAGCUGGAUUUUUUAUUUACUUGACUCUGAUCCCUUUGGAUUUAGCCCUUAUUGAGAGCCUGGGGAUUCUAAUUCAACUAAGCCCUAGCUGCGUAGACUUUUCUUAUUAAUUUGCUCUUGGUGUAUUUUAACUAUUGUUCAGACCGCCGUAAACAACAACAGCAACAACAGCUGUGCUAAAGAACAUGCAGUUCAGAGGCCUGGAGACCCUGAAAAGAUUUCUUCUUUCGGUAUUAGCUGAUUGACUGGAAGGACUCCAAUAGGGCUUAUCUUAGUUUGUUUUCAAAGUGUAGUUUUUAAAGAGCCUCCGCAUUUAAAACUAUGUGAACUCUUGUUCUAUAGCAUGCCACAGUAUGGUAAUGAUUAUUCUGUAAUGUACUCCACGUUUUCACCAUUCGUAUUCAUUAUAUUAAGAUGUUACUACCGAUGGAUCUGUUCCUUCCUUCCUUCAGUGAGCAGGUAUGUGUUGGGCCCCUCUAUGGAGUAUGAGAUACAGUGUGUGUCCACAGGUAACUCGUAGUCUAGCAGCAGGGGGUUUGAGACAGGCAAGGGAUGUGUUAGUAUAAGACAGAAGCUGCUGCCACAGCAGUAGAUUAGCUCACCCUUGCAUGUUUAUUCAUUUGACUGGAAGUGACUGAGGAGUUAUUUUCACGUGCCUCACAUAAGAUGUAGUGACCUAAAAAGUCAUUUUAGACUCAGGACUUUCCCUUUUAGAAGACUGUUCAGUUAGGAGCUCUUUCAGUCACACAAGGAAGGUAGAAAGAGGAGCCUCUAUUCUCUUUCAAACAUGAGGCAUGUAGGACUUUCAUCUUAACACUUAACUGAGCAAGUACAUGUUUUUAUAAACAGUGGUAUUCCUUAUGUUUAUCUGAAUAGUUUAAACUUCAUCGAAAAGUGAAGCAUUCCACAAUUCAGAAUUUAAAUAAGAAAUAUCUUGCCUCAGAUUCACGUAGUAGCUGCCAUAAGACAAAAGCCUCUCAUGCUCCUACAUUUUCAUUGUCCUUGUUUGUGUCCUCUCAUUUCUAAUAAUGACAGAUUGAUAAAAGGUAAGGGCCAUUCUGGUUUGGAAAAUGAAACAGCACCAUGUCAUUGUCAAGCAGAAUGGGGUAGCAAGAGUUAGGACUAAAAUUACUUGGGUCUGUGGUCAUGUGAGAGAGACGCGAAGGAGCCACUCAGAAUUUCCCAGAGCCUACUGUUAAUGUCAAAGCUGCAUCCUACAGUCACUGACUCUGAAAACCGGCACAAGUGUUAAUUUUUAAAAAAUAAUAAAAAGACAUUGGGGUAGGCACUGAAAUAAGGUUCCUUUUCCUUCUCUCCCAAGCUGAAUUUUGCUGAUCAAUUCUGCAUCCUGGACAAUUCUACCUUUUUAUAGGGGGGACCACCAAGAGUUUCUAAGGAACUACAAAAUAUUUCCAAUCUUUAUUGGCUCAAUCAAGUUUAUGUGCUAACUGGAUCAUUGGGGAUAUGACCUUGGAAUACAUAUUUCAAAAUAGGCACAGGACCUGUCCUUGGGGAGCUUAUACUAAUUGGGCAUGUCAUCAAUAAAUAUGGUAAAAUGAUGGAAGUUUAUGGUCCAAGACCGUACUAGGGGGUCAAAGAGUAUACUGAUUUAACUCGGUGUGGCAGGAGAAGAAAGGAAGUGGGGCAGUUUGAACAAUGACUUGGAAGCAGAAGACUGCAGAUGAGGCUUUGGAAUUUACUGGUGAUUGUUAGUUCUCUAGCAAUCCAUCCAAGCUUGCAAUAUCUGCUGGUAUAAAUAGAAAUUAUCAUUCUUUGGGUAGGUUAACAGAAUAUGUAUCUCCAGAUAAUGAGUUAGAUGCAUGAUAGCAUCUUCCAGCUCAGAAGUUUGAUUUGUAACAUGCUGGUAAGGAGGCACAUUCAUAUUUCUGGGUUGUAAGGAGCCCGCUCUCAUCCAUUCACCUGUGUUCCUGUUUAGACUAGACCAUGUCUGCCAAUAUUAGGUCUCUAGAGAAAGAGUUAAGUCAAAAGUCAAUUCCAGACCCCCUGAGCUCCUGGCUACCACCUACUCCCAUAGGACUUGGACAAAGAUAAUGAACACAGUUACUUAACUUUUUUUUUUAACUUUUACCUUUCAGGUGGCAUUGAGAGUAAUCAUCUCUCUUGGCCUCAAGCUCCAUAUUAAAUUAUUUUUUUAAUUGCUUUUGAGCAGUAACUUUUCUUUGGUCGCUUAACCAGUCAUACAAGUUGAGACUUCUGUCUCGAUGUCCAUUUUAUACUAGCUGCCCUGGGAGAACAGAUGAAAAAUAAUAAGUCAGUUAGAUAUUUUAUGAGUAUUGAGAUCCCUUCCAUUCAGAAAUGUAAAUAAAAUAACCAGCAUGAGCAAUCAGCUUAUGUCAGAUUCCGUGGGUUUAUGUUACAUAGGGAAAUUAUAGUGCAACCUGAAACAUGCCUCUUAAUGAAUUCAUAGUGGUGUCACAGUUGAAUGUAAACCCUUGAGCUUUUCUAUUGCAAAAGGUUUCAGAAAUCACCUUUUAUAAACUGCCUAAGGAAGGAGGAAAAAACUAAGAUGAUACCAACAAAUGCUGUCACUGUGUAAGUGGCUGCCUCCCAGCACCAAAUUGUGCCAGCUAAGUAAAGUGAACACUUAGGAUACUGCUCACCUUUUAGCUUAUUCAGUGGGGUGUGUGUGUGUGUGUGUGUGUGUGUAUUCUAAUAUAGUUGACCCUUGAAUGACAUAGGGGUUACGGGCACUGACCUCCUGUACAGUCAAAAAUCCACUUAUGACUUUUGACUCCCCAUAAACUUAAUGUUGACCGGAACCCUCAUCAACAUAAACAGUUAACACACAUAUUGUAUGUUGUAUUGUUACAUACUGUAUUCUUAUAAUUAAGAAAAUGUUAUUAGGAAGGUCAUCAGGAAGAGAAACAAAUACAUUUCCAGUACUGCACUGUGUUUAUAAAACAAAUCUGCAUAGAAGUGGACCUGUGCACUUCAAACCUGUGUUGUGCAAGGGUCAACUUACUCUGUUUCUGAAAAAAGCACAAGAGAGUGCUGUGGAAGAAUGGGUUGUCCUUGUGAUUUUUGUCCUCAAAAAUUAAGAAAGCUCAGUAAGGAAGUAGGACAGGAGCCUGGUAAAUAGCUCUGUUUUUACCUUCACGAUGCAAGAAGCCAGUGACCUAACUGGAAGUUAGGAAAUCGGAAUUUGUCUCUUGUUUUUGGCAGCCACUCUUAUCUAGCAGCUUGUAGUGCACAAGACCUGUCUUCUCCCUUAUCAGUGAACUGGUUUGGCGGUCCCUAAAGCUCUUUCAUCACUCUCUUCCCAUUCACUGUGGCCUCACAUAUGAUGAAUCUGCUCGCCACAGAAGUCCCGUAUGUCAAACGGGACAUCGAGGCCUGUCAAAUUCUAAGGUGGGGAGUGAGGGAAAGAACCACAUAUUUUUUUUUUUUUAAAGUAGAUUAUCAGCUUUUCUUUUUUUUUUUUUUUUUUAAGAUUUUAUUUAUUUAUUUGAGAGAGAGAAUGAGAGAGAGAGCAGGAGAGGGGGGAGGGUCAGAGGGAGAAGCAGACUCCCUGCCAAGCAGGGAGCCCGAUGUGGGACUCGAUCCUGGGACUCCAGGAUCAUGACCUGAGCCGAAGGCAGUUGCUUAACCAACUGAGCCACCCAGGCGCCCCAAGAACCACAUAUUUUUAAUUUUAAAUUAUUCCUUUUUUACAUUGUAAUUUCUUAAGAGUUUGGCUGAAUUUAUGUCAGCGUCUGGGCCUGUAAAGCCUCCAUUAGUGCAUCACAAUUGUGGACAGAAUAUUUCACAUCUCUUAUUUAGUCUAGAACCUCAAAUGCUAGUGAGUUGUCAUUAACACUUAGCAUUUGUUAUGUACAGUGUAGCUCUCUUUUCGUCCCUAUACAUGUAACAAACGGACUCAUCCCCUUGCUUUCCCAUCGGUGCCCCGGCGUUGAUGGACAUAGAUCAAGAUGCUGCGCGGCCCUGCAGAGGCUCUACACCAUGUGACAGUCGAGGCGCAUGCAGCUAGCUCACAUUAGUUCAGCUCUUAUCUCGGCAUUCUCAUUUCUCGGUCGUCCCCAGUGUAUAUAAUAUGUACCGGCUUGAAAUUCCUUAUAUAUUGCUUGCACAUUCUUCUACGUUUCAGCGCAUACCAGUUCCUUCGCUGUAGAACCGCUUCUCUGACUCCCCUCCACCAGUCCAUCCCUUAUCUUUUAAAACUCCAACUCAGAAGUCACCCCUGUAGAAAGGCUGCCGCAUCACCUCCGCCAGAUUGCUCUAUUCGGAGACUUCUGUUUCUCAGUUCAUUCCUCGAACUGUUUUUCCUUUGUGAUUGUUGCUGUGUAGCUUGUCACCCAAUAGGCAUAAUGAUCCGAGGAAUGAUGAUUUUCCUUUAUGCCUUGUCUUUGUCUAUUACAUACAAACAUUUUGAAGGCCACGGCCUUCUCAAUUUCCCCAGAGUUCUAGUCCGCCUUCCACACCUUUUCCCUUUACAUCAUAGCUGACUGCCUGGAGGAACAGGCCACGUGUUCAGGGCUUGGCCUCCACCUCAGCAUGAGUGUGGCAGCCUGCUGAAUAGGCCCCGACAAAUGGGAAGGAUUUAACCCUUCAGCUUGGCAGUCUCCGCAUUCUACUCAGACGCCUUCAAGGAGUAGAUGUGGGAUCAGAAAUAGGUCUGGAGACGGGAGCAGGGAAAUUUUUAAUGAAGGCUUUGUCCUUCCUUUUCACACAAGACCCAUGAAGCUGCUGUCGUCAGCAGCUCACCCGACACUCUCCUGCUCUGCCUCUUUUCCAGGAGUCAGGGUUAGUUUCAGAAAAAGCCUCUUGCUAGAAGCCAUGACCUCGUACUUUUAUCCCCUCCAUCUGGUGUGCGGCCUCAUGGGGCUGUGCUGCUAUGCAGGAGGUGAGCAGUGGAAUUCUUUAGAUGAUGACUUCUGAGCCCACAUGCGGAGGCAGUGGGGGUGGGGAGCAGGGAGAGCCGUGAGAGCCAAGAUCGAUGGACCAAAAAGUAAGGUUUGCUCUGGGACAGAUCCUACUAUAGGUAGACUGUUUUCAUGAGGUGUCCUUCCCCUAGCUCAAGUGGGGGCCUAGGUCUAUGAUGGAUGAACAUUGUGUUCCUGCAGUUUUCCCUUCUGCCUUCACAGUUGGGGUGCAGGAGUGGGAUAGGUAGGGUAUGUGCAGGCUUAUGCUGUUUCUGAAGGAAUGCAUUCCAGGGUUGAACAGGGAAGGGUUCCCCUUGCACACAUCCUCUCUUGGAGCUGCUUUGUCUCACUGUCUUGGACCUAAACAGAAGUCCAGAUUUUGAAUGAGAGUGGGAGGAGGGGGGUGGAGAGCAGCAAAAGUUUUUGAUCAAGUAAAAAUCUGUUGUCUGCCUCAUCUCAUAGGGGUUUCUCUGCAGGGUGGAUUCUCCUUGCCUUGGUGUAGAUAAAUUACUUGUCUCAGCUAGAGGUCCCAGGACUUUUACCAGGCCUUGAGUAGGCAUUUGGCCUCGGAUAGGACAGGUUUUUAGCACUCUCAUUCCCUCUUCUCACUUUCCUAGCCCAGGAGUUGACAGCGUUUAAAAAAAGAAAGAGUGAAACCUCAAAGGAGAUUCUAGUACAUACUUUAGAAGCCCAAAGCCUUAACAGUUUCUGCUCACGGCUUCUCAGGACUACUUGUACUCUUUGCGCUUAGCAUCACUUUAAAAGAACCAGAUAAAAUUAAAACAAAUGGUUAAAGUGUUAAUCUGAAGAAGAAAAAAAGGAAUAGAAAGUGCUAGGAGCCAGAGUAUAUUAAAUGCAGACUACUUAGUGUAGUGAUCAUUUUGUGGCAGUGGAAACAGUGGCCAAAAUGACAGGGGAUUCGUUGAUGUGGUGAAGGAAGGUAUAGGCUGUUCCUGUUGUAAAUUCUGCUCACCUAUACUCUCCUUGAAUAUUUUGUAUCCAUUUCUCUUCUGAAGGGGCUGGGACUCUGGCCCUUCCAGCCUGAGGUAGUCUCAGUCUUUGAGGAGAACACACAGGGUGUGAAGUGAGAAACCCCGGACUUGAGUUCUGUCUGCGCCACUCCGUAUCACAUGACCUCAGACAGAUGCCUGAGCCUUUCUGAACAGCACCUGUGCAGUGAGAAUGUCUUCCUCCUCACAGGGUCGGUGUGAAAAUUAGGUAUAUGUUAAAGCAUUUUGUCCUUGAAAAUGCUUCUCAUGAACAUCACAGUUAUUCUCUGGGAACCCCACCCAGACAGUUGUCAUUAGGACAGCUGUGGAUUACCUGGUCUUCCCUUUUUCUUCACUCAGUUUAGCCUUUCUGUUUGGUCAGGCCUGCGUACAGGGGCUGGUGGUGGUGAAGUAAAGUCACCAGAUUUCAGCUCCUUUUGGUCAAAGAAAGAGAACAUCUACGUCUAGCUGCUCCACCUAUAGCUUCAUAGGCAAGAACGGAAGUGAGCACACAGUAGUUCAAAGUUAAGGGAUCAGGGGCAGAAUGCUUCCCUUGCUUUCUCAACUCCAGGAUGACUAAAAUGUCUUCAAUAAAUGAGGAAGAGCCCCAAAGAUGCUCAGGGAUAACUUAAGCCAUGAAUGGAAAGUGGAAAAAUGUACUUAAAAACUCUCCCCCUCUUCUAUCCCUUUGACCUUCGGGGUCAGGGACAGGCAUAUUAUUGACACUCCACUGGUUAUUGCCUGAAACCUGCCAGUCACCCAAAGAGAUUAACAGCUUCUAGGAAAGCUCAGUUCAGUGCAGCAGCUAUGACAUAUUUACCCUAGAAAAGUCACUGCUUGCUCCUCUCCAGGACCUCUCUCUUAUGGACAUUAUCUCUGAAACCCAAAGCUAUCCUGUUUUCUAACCGAAUAAAAGUUAAAAACAACAGGUCUUGGGCUGCAGGCUUGGUAAUUCUACUUCGUGCAGUCCUAGGAGGCUGCCCCAUCAUCCUUAGCACACAGGGCACAGAUUGGACUAUCCCCAGCGUGAACGAGCCAUGGGAAGUCCCACAGUCUUAGCCAUUCUGCUUGGGUGGCAAUUGUCUCCUGUUGAUCUCUCCUCUCCAUGCCUUUUCUGCAUCCUUUCCCUGCCACUUCCCAGGGGAAUACCAGUCCCCAAACCGCACAGCUGCUCGCGUAUUGAUAAUGGAACUUUUUAACAUUCCUUGGUGAUGGCUGAAUCCCUGAAGUUGGUAUGACUUUUGAAGGAUUUGAUUGAAAUCCAGUUGCUUGUUUUAUUGUCGGGGAGAGGGAGGCGGACUAGAACUCUGCUGAAGCUUGGGAGAAGCUAUGUGUAUGUCUACAGAAGCACAGCUCGUGUGUGCAUUUCCUCCCCAUUGUGCGCAGGCUCACAGGAGGAGCAAAGAGUGGAAAGGAAGCAUCUCUUUCUUGUUUUCCAACAUUGCUUCAAAGGUGCCCAACCCCCGUAGUAGCAGUCAGUUCCCAAGUGGAGGGUGGGGGCAGAGGCCUCCACCAAGGCCAUCAAUAACCAGGUGUGAGCUACAGGUCUCCGUGUAAUGUGAAGCUCUCCCGUAUUUCAUUUCUGCACCCAGGGGGCAGCUCUGCAGGAUUGCUUACGGAGAGCUCUGUGUCUGGCACCUCUCUCCACAAGGCCCAGGCGCCCAGGGUCCCACGGACCUGCCCAGGAAUGCAUCACAUUAUUCUCUGGUGCUGUAAUUUGGCUGCAGGAGCUAGGCUGACGGCCUCCCAGGGAUGAGAAACAUACUCUCCCUGGCGGCCUCCCUUGGGCUUCUGCCCUAUGACCACCGAGGGCGUUUAAAAAUCUCAGAAAGGGUGAGGAAAAAAGAAAAAUCCUAAUUAUCUCUCUUAUAUUAAGCCAUGUAGAAACCAACGUCCUGAGUGGGUCCGAGAAUUUGGCAAAAGACUUAGUGGUUGGUGUUCUUGCUAAAGGAGGUGAGAAAAAGAAGAAAUUACUCUCUGCAAUAGGGAGGAAGAGAAACGAGGUUGUAAGUGGUCACGAGUCAGACCUACAAGACUUUUUGCAAACAGACGUUCAGGGCCAGGCAGUGUUUAAUUUUUUUAAAUAAUCCGAAGUCCCUGAUUUCAUUUUUCCAGCAUCAUUCUAAGAAAGCGUAUGGGUUAGCGCUAUUAUUCAAGGCUAGCAAUCACAGAAGUUGGCUCUUACGUGCAGGACUAGGUUCAGGCUGGCAUUCUUACUUGUACAUGAGGGAAACUGGCCACAGGCUCUGCAGCCAAGGUAUUUCAGCCACGUGCCUUCUCUAAAAGAGGCUAAGACCUUUAAAGGAUAGAGAUCAUGUCUUUGAAGCUAACUUUGUAUCCAAAUGGCACUUUCUGCAAGGCAUUCUACUAAAUAUUGAAAGUUAGAAGAGAUGAGGACCGACACGAAGGAGUGUCAGAGAGGAGAGGGGCGAAGGGACUGCUGCCAGAGGGACAGACCUCUACUGAUCAGAGGAUGGGUGGGAGGGGGUGGUUAGAGGCAGUGAGUGGGUGGCAGCAGAACUAAAUGGAGCCCUGACUGCACCAAAUGCAGUUCUCCUUUUGCUGCUUGUUCCACAUAAAUUUGUUUGUUUAUUGCGGAAUGGAUGCCUGUUGUCCAAAGCCAAUUGGAAUGCAGAGGCAAGCUAAGAAAUAAGAGGAAAAAGUAAUUGUUUGGCCAUCAUUCCUUCUUGGGACCACAUAGCCUCAAUAGUGGGGCUCAUGUGGACCUCUUUUCUCUCACUGUCCACCCCACUGUUCAUACAUGUCACUCUCUGGCCAGCUUGUUCUUAACCACUUACAGCAACGAACUACAGUUUGGAGCCCAGGAGAAGCACAGAGCAGUAUGAGAUGCCAGAAGAGGCUCAGUUCCUUCCACGGGGUAAGAACUGAAAAGGAAUAGGUGACAGAGCACAGGCAGAGUGAACUUGGGUUGAAGUCCCAGGAAGGCCUAGCUAUCCUUUAUGCGGGAACCUGGGCGUUCUUGUGAGUAGGGGCGGACUGGGACCCGAGGCUCUACUCAAAGACAGUACCCUUAUGUCAAUUCCUGCAGUUCUAGUCUUGAGUCAGACUGACUAUGACCCCCUUACCUUUCCACUACUCCAAGGCUUUCUUCCUCCUAAUCCCAGCUCAAGAUGUCAGAAGUUCUUCUCUUCCCCUCCCAUUUCCCCCUCCCUAAUCCCACCAUUGGCUCAUCAGUUAUCCACUCUGCAAGGAAGACAUUCCCCUGGCCUGACUCACUCAGUCCCAUUUCUCCACAGGAAUCCCCUCACCGCAGACCACAAGGGCCCUGACUAGCUCAUGUUUUGUGUUAAUGGAUGUGAAACCGGAGCAAACCCCUCACCAAAAGAAAAACCACCCUAAACUCUCCCACACAGGUCUCAGCAGGUUACACAAAUAUUAGUCCUAUCAUCCAAAUAAAUCUGCCCCCAUGGCCCAGAGCUCUGGCUCCCCCAUCCUUCUGCUGCCUGUGCAGAGUGAAGCUGCGCCACAAACACGUGAGGACCCCAAGGGUUGUUGGAGAGGAACUUGGAAAGGAGGGGGGGUGCCUAUAC